GCGUCCAAGAGAGGUGCAUUAGCUGAGACCUGAUGCCACGCUCCUUCCUCGCGAUGGACCUCCGACGUAUUAUCUAUUCACCGUCGCCACGUCCCGCCCAUCGAGUGGCAAACCUCGAGAAGGCCCAUCAGCGGCACUGCUCGCCGAGCGGCUAUACUGAAAUGUAGCCGACACUCGAUAAAAGUCCGAUAAAUAAUACAUACGCACCAACUCAAUCGCCAUCGCUUCCGACUUCGUCGUUCCCUUGCGCAUUGCAGACAGCACCGAUGUGUUGUCGAUCAAAAUGCGCAAAGUACUUGGCAGUCGCUCGCGAAAGACCGUCAACCCGUACCAAACAGUCCGGUGCUUCAGCCUGUAUGAUCAACAUCGGGGGAGGGGGGACUCCACUUGUAUCCCAUAUCAACCGCAUUGCGUGCUUCGCGGCCCCUCCCUUGAUGGAGUGCGCCGUGUAGCCCUUUCCCAGUGACUUCAACUUUAGGGCGGCCUGACUCGUGGUCAUCGUCGUCAACGGCUCCCCCGGUCCCAGUCGUGUCUUCAACAAGAGAAGAUCGGCGGCAUCCUGUCCUUUGAUCCACACAUACCGGCUGGACCGGUAAGGGUCGCUUUUGGAGGCCUUGGGGACCGCCGCCUAGUCCAGUAUGAUGUUGCCAUGGGGUUGCACCAGCAGAUUGUCCGUCGUGAGCCCGGCGAUCUCCGCCCAGCGACUCGCCGUGAUCCAUGCCAGCCGCCACACAACCUUGUCGCGCCACGCUGGCGUCUCCGCAAUGACCCGUCCGAGGUCUUCGAGUGUCAAGGGCACCGCGUGCCUGACCUCUUCCGUCGCCGCCACCUUCCGCAUGCCCUGGAGGUAUUGGUCUAAGGCGGUCACCGUCGGAUCCAGCAUCGUCCUCAACGUGACGCCGUACUGCACCUUGGUCGACCCCUUGUGUGCUCGAGACUCGAGGAAGAGCGGAACGGUGGUCGACACAGCGGGCAGUCGCAUCUUGUCGCAAAACUCCUCGAACAUCCGCCAGAUCGACGCUCGCUGCUCCCAGGUGCUCUUUUCCAAUCGGCGAUGUGCCACUUCGUUGGCUCGCUCCUCGAGCAUCACCAGCGUAGGAUUUUGUGGUGCCAGCUCGUUGCGGUAUACGCGGUCGCCGGUCCCCGUGUGCUUUAAGAUUGGAGACGGAUUGAUUCGCAGCACAGGGUUGAAUUCCUUCCCUACACCCACGGGUGCUCCCACAUCCAUCAUUUCUGGCAACAAAGAGAACGGUUGA